AUGGACGCCAUUAUUGGCGUCUGCCCUGCCCCUUCAGGCUUCCAUUCCUCUUCAUAUGCAUGUGGGCUAACAUUAUACAUACACCCUCUGUCCCACCCAUCAGCGUCAAAUCCAUCAUCAUCAUCACCUCCUUCAAUAUCAUCAGCGUCAGAACCCCGCCCGCGUCCAUCAACGUCAGCAUCAGCCAUAACGCAAGCAUCAGCGUCAACGCGAACAUCAACGUCAGCGUCAUCACUCUCCCCUCAUUCUCAUUCUCCUUCACCACCCGGUGACCGUGAAUCAGGCGCAGGUGCAUCGGGAUCAGCACCCGUCUGGCCGUCCUCAAUAUCAGUUUCUGAAUCGGUUUCUGAUAACCCACCACCACCUCCUGAUAUAUCAUCCAAGAGAACGAAGAACAGGAACGAGAGAACGAAGAAGAACAGGAACGAGAAGAUGCUCAUCGUCGCCCCGCCCGCGUCGAUGUCGACGGUCGACUUGGGGGCUGGGUGUAUGGGCGGGAAGGCAGCGAUUUCGUCUUCGUCUUCCCCUUCAUCACCGCACAAUUCUUGCUCGUAUGGGAAGGCGAACGCGAAUACACCGGGGUCAACGACGCCUACGACACCCACGCCCGGCUCUUCCUGGUUCUCUAAUACCAACACCCUCGGCAGCGCUAAUGCGAACGGCGAGUCGUACGCGGACACCCUCACCUUACCGUCGUCUUCCACACCAACACCACCUACAUCCCCACCUCCCACGAAAGAGAAACAUGCCUCACUAGGGAGGAGCACAGGCAAGGGCAUCCUCGGCAAGAUCAAGCGGCAGCUGUCCAAGGGGAACACGCGGGCCCUCGCUUCGUCUUCUCCCCCUUUCCACUCGUCCUCGCUGCUGCCGCCGUUACCGCUCUCUCCACCCCCAGCCCCAAGGUCGUUAACGACGCCAACCCUACCGGUCCUGCCGAGCAUCUCGCCGCUGAGCAGCUCGCCUGUGUUUGGUGAAGCGUCGAGGGCUGAGGGGCCGUAUGGCUCCAUAACACCACAAGGGUCCUCGUCGAGCUCAAGUUUAGGGUCGACGUCGAGCGGAGGAGGGAAGAGACGGAGGAGGAAGGGGCGGAGGAAAGGGUCGGGGUCGGGGUCGGGGUCUCCGCCAAGGGGAGAGGGGGAGGUUGGGGCGGUGGACGGAGGGGGUGUGCAGGGGGAUGGAGAGGCUGAGGUGGGGGCGGUGGAUGGAGGGAUGGAUGGGACGAGUGGGUUGGCGACGUCGGGCGUGGAAGUGCAGGCGGGGGAGGGCGCAUCAGCACGAGGGGUUGAAGGAUUGGCGUCUGCAUCUGUAUCUACAUCAACGCCCGUCAACGUCAACGCCAACGCCAGCGUUCAUCCCAACUACCACCACCCAAGGCAAAAGGAUGAAGAAGGUGGAGGAGACGGGAACCUUUCCGAUACGUCGCCUUCGGAGUACUCCUGCGCCAGCGCCAGCGCCACCGCGUCGAUCGUCGGGUCGAGCGCGUCGUUCUUCCUCGGUCGUCAUCCAUCACGCGAACGACCUUCGCUAGACUCCGCCUCGCUCCAAGGCCGUCUUCCAGAAGCGUCUCUGGACGAGGAGGAAACCGAAACCGAAACCAACGACCAGCUGGCGGAAAGCAACCCGACAGACCCACCCGAAGACCCCUACGCACCGUACGUCCCGCUCGUCCUGCAGCACGAGCGCCUCCAGCGCAAGCUGCGCGUGCCGGUGUCGAUGGACGCCGUCGAGGUGCUUUCUGUGCGGUCUGUAUCCGUGAAGUCGUUGAGGUCUACGGAGAAAAGGAGCUUGGAGUCCACGAGGUCUUCUAGGGAAGAUAUGUCGAGGUCAUCUAGGGAGGAAAUGACGAGGAAGAGCACCAGCACCGAACAUUCAAUUUCACCCAAGUCCGCACCCAAAACGCGACUUCGGCCAAAAACCAAAAACCGGUCCAUGCCGCCGCCCUUGCAGAAUCAACUGCAACGCCCGCCCACGCCUCUAUCUCCAACAUCGGCUGCCUCGCCCCCAUCUCCGCCAUCGCCAACAUCGACUGCGGCUCUACUACCCCCGUCUCCUACGUCUCCAACGUCGACUGCGUCUACGCGCUCGCCCGUGACGCCGUGCACGCCCUACUUCAGCGUGCUGACGCACCAGAGCGGGAGUCCGAGUGGGGAGAGCGGGAGUGGGAGGAGUGUGGGCGAGGUGUUGGGGUUAGUGGAUGAAGAUGAUGCAGCAGACGCUAGUGACAGUGUAGACGCGGAGCAGACACCUCCCAAGUCUCACACCCUCAGCAGCAAACCAUCGCUAUCUCCAUCCCACUCGCGCCUCAACUUGUCGAGGUCGAGGUCAAGGCAGACCCUCGCGAGCCCGCCGACGUCGCCGCCGCCCUGUGCGCCGUUGCCUUUACCACCUAGCCCGCACUUCAAUGGUAAUGGAAACAAGGCUGGGAGUGGGCCGAGCACGCCCAAGGCUGGGAGUACACAAACCCUCACCCCACACCCAUCUCGCGAAUGGCCGCCUGCGCACCGGCACCCGUCGCCUUUAAAUUUACCUGUUGGUAUGACGUUCUCCUCCUCUUCUGUAUCUGCGUCUGCGUCUUCGUCUUCUUCCGCCCUGGAGCCCACGGGAGCGCGGACGAAUGGAGGUCCGGCACGCAGGAGCAGGAGCGCAGCACGCAACCGAGGCGCGACCCAGCCCAAGAUCAAGAUCCGCGACUUCGCCUCUCCAGGCGGAGGCGGGGGGUCGUCGAGCAGCGAGGCGGAGUACGGUGGGAGGGUACACCCGUACGCGUAUGCCUAUUCUGGCCCGUACGGCGAUCCUGGCUUGUCUGAGCUUGACAUCGGUCUCGAUGCGCACGAACUAGAGAUGGAGAUGGACGGAGGGCUGACGCCGACGCUUGCGCGUUACUCUUACUCUGCGGGGUACCACUUGGACGAGGACGCGGAGGAAGAAGACGUAGACCUAGACGUGGACGCAGCACUCCUAGCAGCCAACGCCAACGCCAACACACUCGCCAACGCACACUCUAUCAACCUCCUCGCUCCAACUCCAACGGCGAAACUGGGUGUGGGACGACAACAGGUCACUGCGUCGCGCAAGACCGGAAGUAGUAAGGCGGGGAACGAGUGGACUUUGUUCUUGGGUAACGGCGCCGAUGAGAGGAGGCCGGAUGAGAGGAGGUCAGAUGAGAGGGCGGGCUUGACCAUCCGGGGCCGGACGAAGAGCGAGAGCGCGCUAAGGUCCCUGUCUUUGUCCUUGUCUACGGGCACGGGUACAGGCACGGCGGACCGCGUUGAAGAGGGUGAGCGGAGGAAGAGGAAGAGGACGACUACUUUGCAGGUCCCCCGCACUGCGGCCUCGACUUCGACUUCGUAUGCCCACCCGGGGGCGGUGCAGUCGCGACGCAGCGUUUCGGGGCCCUCUUCCUCGGUGCAGAGACAUGAGGUGGUGCAGAGGCGCGAGGUGGUGCAGAGGCGUGCGGCGCCACCGCCUCCCUCCGAGUCGGAGGACUGGACGCUGUCUCUGCCCCUCCCAGCUCCAGCUCCAGCGCCCAAGGACCGCACCUCCGCUACCGCUACCGCUGCCAACGGUACUGGUCCUGGUACGGUGAGGCCGAGAGAAAGAGGACGAGGACGAGGUGGAGGAAGACACUCGGACCCCGAGCUGACAACGUUAACGCGGACUUUGAAGUCUAAGUCUGCGACUUUGGAGAUUAGGGUGGAGGAUGUGGAUGUGGAUGUGGAUGUUGAUAACGUGCGAGCGUCUUCUUUGGCCCUCGCUGCCGACCCCGCUGCCGACCACGACCCCGACCAUGACCAUGACCCCGACCACGACCACGACCACGACCCCGACCACGAAGAGGCCUCUGCCUCCGGUUCAGGUUCAGAGGACACCCACGCUUGGUCAGAAGACACCACACACGGACUCGGGUACCCACACGUCCAUCCAGGCGCUGGUAUCAAUAACAACACACCAAGAGGAAUGGGAAUGUUGGAGGUCAGGGAGGUGGUGCUGUGCGUGCCGAGGGUCGUGCAGAGCGGGAGUGGGUUGGAGAGUGGGUGGAGGAGGUGGGAUGGGGGAUGGGGAUGGGAAGAGGAGAGGGGGAGGGGGAGGGGGAUCCUGGAGGGGCCUAACGAGAGGACACCCACAUCACGCAACGCGACCCAAAUUCAAACAGCGACGUCGAUGAACAUGAACUCCAACAUGGCGCAGCUGGAGGCGCUCUCGGCGGACCUUGCGCGGUUCGAGGCGUUGUUGAGGCGGGAGGGGCCGAGGGUAGGCUUGGGGAAGAAGGUGAAGCAUGCGAGGUCGUACGGAGCCACACUCUCUGAGGUCGAACCCGUAGCAAAGGAGAUGGAAAGGACACACAGCGCCGACGCGCUCCGGUCGCCCACUCGUCCGUCUUCCGAGAACGAAACCGAAACCGAACAAGCUCCAGCAUCGAGGUCAACGGCAGGCGUCCACCCGCAGACCGUCAAGGAGCGUAUCAGAGCGUGGGCCGAAAAGGCUGAAGGCGAAGGCGAACGGCCCACAGCGUCGACGAGGCCGACGUCGACCCCAGCGGCGCAGAAUCAGACGCCGGUGUCGCCGACGACGGCUGCGAUGAUGAUGAGCGCGAAGGUGCCUGCGAGGUUUAGCACGGGCGGUGUGGGUGGGAGUAGCAGCACGCUCCCAGUGGGGAAGUCGGGAGGACAGAGGAUGAGGGCGCCGUUGCCGUUCGCGCCGACGAUAUCGAUGAAGGCGGAUGCGUUCAAAGGAGGGAGGACGCUCGGACUCGGGCGCACGACGUCGCUCAUGAGCACCUUGAACGCAUGCACGCUCUCCUCGCUGGGCGUAGGUUCUGGGUUGAGGGUCGGCGGGAACGGGCGCGUCGUGUCGCUCUCCUCGCCCACUUCCGGCCCGCAGAAGAGCACGCCGGGGACGGCGUUGAGGAUCGUCACGCGUGCGAUGGAGCCGGAGAUAGGCGUGGUUGUCGUCCAGGGAGAGGGAGAUGCCGGUGAAGAGCAGGAGGAGAGGGAGAAGGCCGAGGCGGGUGAGGAAAAGGAGGAGGAGAGGGAGAAGGCCGAGGCGGAAUCGGGCCGCAGCACAACGGCCAGUGUCAGGCGCGAGUCGAACGCGUCGACGGCGAGCACGGCAAGCACGGCAACCGCCUCCGGCACGUCGGGCGGCUCGACCACUAAGAGCGGGACGACGACGCCGACGAAUGGGCCGAUGCCGAUACCUAGUGUGCCGCAAAUGCAGCCCACGCUCAGCCUGAACACGUCCCUCCUCCGCCCUCCCACCUCCCAAGCCCACCCUCAUGGCGGCCUGCACGUCGCCCACCCGAGCGCCUCCGCGUGGGCUGCCCCGACACCCGUCGAUUACCCGUCGCCCUACUCUGCCUUCCCGCCACAUCACGCGUCCCAGUCCUCGCUCGGCGAUUCCUCCUCGGCGUCUUUCCAUUCUGCCUCGUCCACUCUGUCCCUGUCCCUGUCGGAUACAGCUUCGUACAACACCGCCGCGUUCCCCGCCCCACCCGCCUUCCCGAGCUUGGUGUCGUUCGCCGCGCUGGGGAUGAGUGGGUCUUCCUCUUCCCCUUCCCCUCGGGGGUCGCCGAGCCCCAAGUCGUCGCCCCGCACGAGUACCUCCGCUCCUAGGAGUGCACAAUACGUGCCGCCCUCCACCGCUGACUCUGCGACCUCAACCACCUCAACCACAUCCUCCGGUUCGACCAAGACUGUCGUCCCUCACGCUCAACUCCAAUCUUCAAGUUCGAUAGACCAGCGCGUCCGCACGCGCCUGCGCGAGCUCGGGGCUGUCCUCGACUCACCCUGCUCGCCGCGAGGUGGGCCAGGGUACGACAGGGGCGUACAGAGCGAGACGAGCUCGCUGUGCUCCGGGUCGUAUUAUUCUGCGAGGUCGAGUUUCGAAGUUGAGCGGUAG